UACAUGGCCUUUGUCUUUAAUGGCCCAUUGUGUGGGUUUGUCCCUCCUUUAGCUGCUCAGGAAGUGCGGGCUGAUACUUUUCACUCCUCUGCCCUCCACCCCCCCCCCCCCCCCCCCCCCAACAACAUAUUUGUGGCAAAUGGUACAAUGGCCCCGAGCUUGUCCGAAGGAAGCGACAGCUCGCAGGGACGUGUUUACCCGAGUGUCUGGCCACAGCCCUGCCUCAAUCCUUAGCGAUCCGUUUUGUUGUGACAACGGCACUCGGACAGGAGCGGUCAUGGAUGAUUUUCAACAGGCGGAGGAGGCUGCCUUUGUUGUUGAUGAUGUGAGCACCAUCAUCAAAGAAGCAGUGGAAAACACGAUUGGAGGAAAUGCCUAUCAGCACAAUAAGGUGAACCAGUGGACAGCCUCUGUGGUAGAGCAGUGUCUGAACCAACUCACCAAAUUGGCCAAGCCUUUUAAAUACAUUGUGACGUGCGUUAUAAUGCAGAAGAAUGGAGCAGGUUUGCACACUGCCAGCUCAUGUUUCUGGGACAAUUCCAUCGAUGGAAGCUGCACCGUCCGGUGGGAGAACAAGACAAUGUACUGCAUUGUUAGCAUCUUUGGCCUCGGUGUCUAGAACUGGCUUCAAUGACGCUACGUGUUAUGUGUGAACUACUUUUAAAGUCAUUUUCAGAAUUUUCUUCCAAGUGUCCUAUCCCAGUGUUCAUUGAAUAUUACGUGCUGGUAUCUGUCAACAGCUUUGUCUAAGUGUAACACAAGGACCAGAUAAAGUGGAUGUAACUUAAAGAACGACUUACUGGAAAUCAUUGCAAUACACCUAUUUGCACUUUAUACCGUCAGUAUGUUAGGGAAGAGUUGUGCUCAAUAUCACACUAGGUGUAAUAGCCAAUGCCUUGUUACUUGUGUGUGCAGUUUUGGUCACCGUGCUACAGGAAAGGUGUUAUUAAGCUGGAAAGAGUGCAGAAAAGAUUUACAAGGAU